GAAAGGGCCCCUAGACAAACUAGAUGGCAGCAAUUAAAGAACAGAGUUAACAUGUGUCUAUGGUAUAACCAGACUUCAUAUUUUGUGUAUGUUCCGGCCUUCUUGGUAUUUACUGCCAUGUGGGCAUUCUUUUUGUUUUGGAUAGUCUAUCCAGCAAGUGAAGGGCGCCCCCUGCUGACCAAUCCCUGGUCAAAAGGGAAAGACCCAAUUUCAGUUGAAACUCAGGACAUUCAUGACCCACUCAUUGUAGUAACCAAAAGGAGAGUAGGUUAUUACCACGCAAGAUCCCCACUUAUGACAGGACAACUGGCUAACCCCUGUAAGACUAAUGGUACAGGAAACACAAAGGAACUGUACUACUGCUAUCAGAACAAUAGAACCCUUGCCUCUGUAAUAUUUGAUAAAACCAAAUUCUCAAUUGGAGGAUGGUCCGCACAUGACUGGAAUGGUUAUGCGUGGUACCUAGAUAGCACCGGGUAUAAACAAGUAGGACAUAACUGGAAAGAUGUAUUCUCCACAACUGAUAACACAUGGAGCUCCAGUUCCUAUGGAACGAGUGAUAUGGCUAAACGAUGGAAAGGGAGAAUCAAAAUUACCGAUACUGCGCAAAGCCUUAUCCUAGAUGUAAACACCACGACCGUUCCUUUCGACAAGCCCAUUGGGAUCGGGCAAUAUCCCAACCCACUUUGCCAUGCUAUAGCCUUAUGUGUGUGGCGACCACAUUAUACCGAUCCUUGCGUCACAGUCUCAUUUUGCCCUAAUCUAACUACAACCGCAUUACUACCCACUAUCACCAAAGGGCCGAAGUCCAAGUCACCCAUCCAAUCAAAAAUUAUGACAAAUCCCACGGUCGAUGAUUGGUUUAAAGUAAUAACAGGCAUUUCAAGAGUUAACAACAACUGGUUAGUAAUGGCAGAGCAGGCCGCUAAUGCUUCCGCUACUGACUGCAUUAUCUGCAUGGGCCCUAGACCUCUACUGCGUGUUGUUCCAGCCCCAAUGGUCCCUCACUGUUUGGUCUCUGUUAUGAAUGUUAGCGUCCCAACAGGACAAUGUUCAGUGUAUGACUCAGUUUACCCCUUGACUGGUAAAGAAAAUGAGAAGCCUAUAUUCUCCUAUCACAUCGCUCGCCAGAAUUUCACUUGCAUUAACAUUACAGGGUUUAAAUCCAUUGGCCGAGUUCCUG